AUGGCUCAAGGCGCGAUCAAACAGAAAGCGAAGCCCGCACCGAUCUCGCGGACCAAGCAGAACAAGGGCUCGAAGGUCAAGAAACAAAAGUCAUCCAAGGCCGACAAGCUGCAGAAGAAGUACACGUCGGGAAUGGUUGCACAGACAGAAAAGCUUUUAGGCGAGCGCGCCGGGCACCUCGAACUGAUCGGCAAGGGAAAGAAGGCCAAAAAGGACGAGAAACACAAGGGCGGCACGAGGAAGUUUGGCUGA